AUGCUGCAAAAUAGAAUAAGACCAGAUUUGAAUGAAAAUGAUGCUCAACAAGAUUUGAUAGCCAGAAAUGAACUUGAAAAGUAUAUCUUUGACAUUGAAAAUGCUAUAAAAAAUCUGGAUUAAUAGAUAGUAGAUGCUGAGUAAGAAAAUGAGGAAUUAGAAGCCAAAUAUUCCGCAUAUGGCUAAAAGAUAAGCGAUAUUAUGAUUAAAUUAUCUACUAAAAAGUGCCGAAUCUAAAUAAGAAGGUCAAUAUUAGAUCAGAGGGAAGAAACUGAUCCAGCUAAAGUUAAUGAGCUACUAUUUUAAUUCGAAGAAACCAGAAGAAUGCUUCUCUAAUAAGUAGUGCAAGGCAAUGCUUAGCCAGAUGGAACAUAUAGAUGGAAAGUUAGAAAAGAACAUGCAAUGGGAGCCUCGAUUAAAGAAUGA